AUAACCAUAGCAAUCAAUCAGUGGCAGAAGGUGCCGGAGAGGAGGAGGAAUCCGGCGAAAUGGGAAACUCGAAUUCAUCUUCCGGAAAUCCUCGCUUCGCUUUGGCUUCGAGAGCUUUUACUCAGAAAAAGCUCGAAGAUCUAAAAUCGCUCUUCGUCUCGCUCGCUUCUCAGUCUCAGAGCAAUGGCCGAUACGUUUCGUACCCCGUUUUCCAGGAGUACUUUGGUCUGAAGGGUUCUUUAGGUGAAAGGCUGUUUGAUUUGGUGACGCAGCACAGGAAAGAUGAUAAACUCACUUUUGAAGAUCUUGUGAUUGCCAAAGCAACUUAUGAGAAAGGAACUGAUGAUGAGAUUGAUGAGUUUAUUUACCAGUUGGUUGAUGUGAAUGGCAACGGGAUCUUGACAAGGUCUGACCUAGAGUCUGUCAUGGCUGUGAUAUUUGAGAGUGUUUUCUCCCCCGAGAGUUCUCACGACAAGGAAAUGAUGGAUGUGUUCCUCAAUGCUGCGACUCUCUCAAAAGCCAAUCACGACGGUUCUGAAAAGGGUAUGUCUUACGAGGAUUUCAGAAGUUGGUGCUCGCUCGUUCCAUCUGUCAGGAAAUUCCUCGGAAGCUUGCUUAUGCCACCUGAUCCAGGGAGACCCGGAUUUCUAGUCCCACACCUGCUUUAUCCGGAUAAUGUUGAUCCAGUUAUGCUGUUGUUAAAGAAGGAAUAUGCUUGGCAUAUUGGAGGAGCUCUUCCUCAGCAUGAGAUGGAAGAGUGGAGACUCCUCUAUCACAGUGCCCUGCAUGGUCUGAGCUUCAACACGUUCUUCGGAAACAUAUCGAAUCGUAAUGAUGUAAUGACGACAGUUUUGAUCAUUAAAGACCAAGACGGAUAUGUAUAUGGAGGAUAUGCCUCUCAACCUUGGGAGAGGCUCAGCGAUUUCUAUGGCGAUAUGAAGUCUUUCCUUUUCCAGCUCUACCCUGCGGCAUCCAUUUUCCGACCAACCGGAGCCAACACUAACAUUCAAUGGUGUGCUGUCAAUUUCACUUCAGAGAGCAUUCCAAAUGGUAUCGGGUUCGGAGGACGGGCCAAUCACUUUGGCCUUUUCAUAUCUGCGAGCUUCGAUCAGGGCCAGACCUUCUCCUGCACGACAUUCGGGAGCCCCUGUCUCUCCAAGACGAGCAAAAUACAACCAGAAGUAAUAGAAUGCUGGGGCAUUGUAAACAGUGGAAAAGCACAAGAGAAGCAGCACAAUGCAGUUAAAGGUACUGUCUUAGAGAGGUUCAAGGAAGACAGGAACAUGCUCAAGAUGGUUGGGAUCGCGGGCAAUUCAAACGAGUGAAAACACGAUGAUUCCUCAUUGAGUUCCAUGAAUUCAGGCUCAUGGAUCGCCAAUACAAUGUGCAUUGACCUUUAAUCAAUAAUCAAAACUGCAGUGAUCUUCACGUUUCAUAUGUGUAAGUAUUGUACAUUUGACUCAUACCAUUGGAGUUGAAACAUUUCCAGUAAUUGUUUCAGAAUUCAACA